AUGCGUCCUGUUACUAUUACCCGAGGAGCGAGGCUCAAUUGCCUGAGACCUCGUGCCCUAAAUGGACCUUCAAGGCGAUACCUGACUAUGCUGAGCCCUCCCAAGUUUGAAAAUGAAAAGAUGCUCAACUACGCAAAAGGCUCUCCAGAAAGAGAGGAGCUGACCAAGAGUAUUAAGAAACUCAAGGGACAAUUCCCUUUCACAAUUCCUAUCACUAUUAAUGGCUCAGAGAUCACCACAAAAGAAUCCCGCUCCCAGCCAAACCCCUCAAAGCACAGCGAGGUUGUCGCAAACUAUGCCUCUGCCACUCCAGAGCAAGUCAAUGCCUCCAUUGACGCAGCCCUCAAUGCAAAGCCCGCAUGGGAAGCUACCCCUUUUGAAGACCGUGCCGCCAUUUUUCUUCGAGCCGCUGAGCUCGUCACUGGCAAAUAUCGUUCAGAAAUAGUUGCAGCUACAAUGCUUGGCCAAGGAAAGAACAUCUGGCAAGCAGAGAUCGAUGCCGCUGCCGAGACGGCCGACUUCUUCCGCCACUACAUCCAAGAGGCAUGGGCGCUGUUUUCUCAGCAACCUAGAGUCCAACUCGAUGGAAAUUGGAACAAGAUGGAGUACCGCCCGCUCGAAGGUUUCACGUACGCCAUUGCUCCUUUUAACUUCACUGCACUCGGCGCAACGCUUAUUGGACCUGCUGCACUGCUUGGCAAUGUCGUUAUCUGGAAGCCUUCGGACGCAGCGCUUCAUGCUAGCUGGCUGCUUCAUCAAAUUUUGCUCGAGGCCGGUCUGCCUAAGGAUGUUGUCCAGUUUUUGCCCGGUGAUGCCGAGCAAAUCACCAACACUGUACUCAAGAGACCUGAAUUUGGAGCUUUGACAUUCAUUGGGGCUACUGCUACGUUUAAGGGUAUUCAGAAAAAGAUCGGCGAUGGCAUCGGUGCCGGUAUCUAUAACUCCUACCCUCGAGUGGUCGGCGAGACUGGCGGCAAGAACUGGGGUGUCGUCCACCCAUCCGCAGAUGUGAAGAGCGCGGCUCUGAACACCAUUCGCGCAGCCUUUGAAUAUCAAGGUCAGAAGUGUUCCGCCAACUCGCGUGUUUACGUUGCAGAGUCUGUCUGGCCGGAGUUCCAAAAGGUCCUGGCAGAAGAGACCGCAGCUCUCAAGGUGGGAGAUGUCGAAGACUAUAGCAAUUUCAUCAACCCAGUCAUUCACGAGCGCUCAUUUGACAAGCUCAAUAACUUCAUCGAGGAAGCAAAGAGCGAUUCCGAGCUGGAGCUUAUCGUUGGCGGAAAGGCUUCCAAAGCAGAGGGCUAUUACGUGCAUCCCACCGUCUAUCGCACCUCCAACCCCCACCACAAGAUUCUGUCCGAGGAACUAUUUGGACCUAUUCUUGGCAUCUAUGUUUACCCAGAUGCUGAAUGGGAGCAAACUUUGAAGCUGGUUGACACAACGUCUCGCUACGCAUUGACUGGAAGUAUCUUCGCCAAGGACCCCUAUGUCAGCCGCCAGGCGCAGACUAUUCUCAAGCACGCUGCUGGCAUGCUCUAUCUAAAUACGAAGUGCACUGGGUCUACUGUGGCUCAGCAGCCUUUUGGUGGUAGCCGCGACUCGGGUACUAACGACAAGACUGGCACCAUGGCGCACCUGCAGCGAUUUGUUAGCGUUCGCACAAUCAAGGAAGAGUUUGUGCCUCUGGAAAAGGUCACAUAUCCUUCGAACGAGGUUUAA